UAAGCAAGCAAAGGCUUUCAGUUUGGCUGAAAACUGUUUUGCUUCUCCACUUCCCUAAACACCGACAGCUGUCACUGCGUCGGGAGGAACGCGCCGCGUCGGCUCUUCACUUUCUCGUGCGCGACACGCCAGAGAGGACAUGGCCCAGAGGACGCGCGUUAGAAAUCAAGAGCGUCCGAGGGAAAAACAACAAGCAGUGGAGACGCGGGAGUCACGCGUCGGCGAGCUGACAGCUCUUUAAGGUCUUCGCAAAAGUUUCGCUGACGUCGCGGCGCGUCAAAUGUAACAGGCGACGCUUCCCGUCAGUGUGUGGGGUUUUUUUGUUAGUUUGUUUGUCAGUUCGUGGUUUUGCGGAAAGCAGCAUGGGCGCAAAACAGAGCAGUCCCGCCGCAAAUGGUCGGACGCGUGCGUACUCGGGCUCGGAUCUGCCAUCGGGCACGUCGUCGAGUAACGGCAGAGCGGCGGCGGGGUUGAGGUAUCACCUUCACGGGGCCGCAGGUGCGACAUCAUCGGGGUCGUCUGCGUCAUCGGCCGCGGCUGCUCAGUUCAUCGGCUCUAGGACUCGAUCUGUGGGGGGCGUCGGUGCCGGCGGCCCGCAGUCAGGGAUUAACAUACCGAACUUUGGCGCGUACAGUUCACAAGAGUCCGGUAACAGCACGCCGGAGGAGAGCGCGGGAGACAGAGAGCGCUCAGCCGGGACUCCACGACUCUUGAUCGGAUCUUUACCUGCACACCUGUCGCCUCAUCUCUUCGGAGGUAAGACACUGAUAUUACUGAACCUUACAUCGGACCCUCACCUGUCGAAGUCUGCAAUACUGCAAGAGUCACAUAAACAUGUUUGACAACUAAAGUUAUGUACAGUAUUAUAGUAAAUAUAUUUGUUCACUUAGCUGCACAAUAUUUCAUUGGAUAUAAAUAACUUUUAAACUUCUUUUCUUGAGUUUAUUUGGUUAAACAAAUAAAACUUGAGUACAACCCGGAUCUUCUGUUUUGGGGCAUUGAACUUGAGAU